AUGGAUAGUUCAUUGCAUUCUAUUCAUACUGCAAUUUCUAAAUUUCUGCGGUCAGAUGAAGACGAUCCUUAUUCUCAAUUUAUUCUUCAUUCAAAAACACCUGUUUUUGAGUUGAAUGCUAUCGCAGCUUUUGAAAAUUUAACACAUAGAGAAAAAUUAUAUGCUCAUUACUUAAGUCAUGCUUCUUGGUAUGGGAGUUUAAUAUGUCUCUUUCAGAGUUCACCUGAAUCUCCAAUUAUAUUUUCAUUAGUUUUAAAAGUGUUCGGAGAGCAGCCAAUUGAAGAAUUGAAAAAAACUUCAUUGAGCAAUGGUAUAACUCAUGAAGAAUUUCAGUCCAUUUUGGUUUAUUCUUGUGGAGUUCUCACUAAUUUGGCAAAUUAUAGAAGCCUUGGAAAUUUUAAAUAUAUUCCUGGCGCACCAGUAGGAGUUUUUGAAGGUAUAAUUAAGUCUAGCAGUGCAUAUAAAAAGGAUCCUCAAAAAAUAAUGUCAUUAUGGAAUAGUGUAAAAGUAGCUGUUUAUUCUUUAACUGAUAGAGAAAAGACUUUAGGUUUUCCGGAUAAUGCUGUGUCUACAUUUUUCUCAGCAAAUUGUAAUAAAUCUGAUGCUGAUGUUAUCAGUAAGUUUUUAAACCAUAUCGGUAUGGAGGCAUUCAAUACGAGAGCUUUUAAAACUUUGUUACCUGAUGGAAGUCCUCAUUAUGAAAUUUGCUUGGCAUCUGCUGAAGAAGGAAAUUACCCGAGUCUCACUAAAGAAAAUAUAUUGUUUGCACGUUCACAUUUCAGUGUUACAAGAGGUGAUUACUCGCCUUUAAUGAAGCUUGUUGUAGAAAAUUUGGAAGAAGCAAAACAAUAUGUUGCCAACGAAAUUCAAGAAGCAAUGCUUAAUAAAUAUAUAGAAAGCUUUAAAACAGGUUCAUUGGAUGCUCAUAAAGAUGGAUCUCGGUAUUGGGUCAAAGACAAAGGACCUAUGGUGGAAACAUAUAUAGGUUUUAUUGAAACAUAUCGAGAUCCGGCUGGCGAACGAGCAGACUUUAGCGGUUGGGUUGCAAUGGUAAACAAAGAGAGAUCAACAACAUACCAUAAAUUGGUAGAAUCAUCAAAUUCGAUUCUUCCUACUCUGCCUUGGCCGAAAGAAUUUGAAAAGGAUAAAUUUCUACAUCCGGAUUUUACAUCUUUAGACGUGUUAACAUUUGCCAAUUCCUUAGUUCCAGCUGGAAUUAACAUUCCGAAUUAUGAUUCAAUUAGGCAAAACGAAGGGUACAAAAACGUUACUUUGGGAAACGUUAUUUCAUCGUCGUUUAAAGACAACUCUCUUCAAUUUCUUUCAUCGAGAGAUCAAUUAUUACUUGAAAAAUAUCGGAGUAAAUCAUUUGAUAUUCACGUGGGUCUUCACGAAUUGUUCGGUCACGGUAGUGGAAAGCUAUUUAAAAAAGAUGCACACGGAAAAUUAAAUUUUAAUUUGUCAGCUGUGGUUAAUCCUCUUACCGGACAUAAAAUCGAUAAAUGGUACGAAGCGACGGAAAAUUACGAUUCGAAAUUUAACGUUAUCGCAUCAUCUUACGAAGAAUGUAGAGCCGAAGCCGUGGGCUUAUACCUGUGUUCGAAUCCUCAAAUAUUGAAAAUAUUCGGUUACGAAGGUGAAGACGCAGACAAUAUAAUUUACGUAAAUUGGUUAUCCAUGAUGUGGAAUGUAAUAGCAAACGGUCCUGAAUCGUAUAGUUUCGAGAAACAAACCUGGUUACAGGCUCAUGCCAGAGCUAGAUUCGUUAUUCUCAGAGUAUUGAUGGAAGCCGGAAAUGAUUUUCUGACGAUUGUCGAAACGGAACCAGGAAGAGAUCUUCGUGUAAAAUUAGAUCGUAGUAAAAUAGCAUCGGUCGGAAUGAAAACGAUUGAAAAUUUUUUAUUAAAAUUACAGGUUUUCAAAUCUAUGGGUGAUUUUGCAUCAGCAUCUGAAAUGUACAAUCAUUAUUCGGAAGUGCCAACACACGAAAGUCCUUGGGCAAAUUGGAAAAAAAUUGCAUUUUUACACAUGAAACCGAGGAAAUUAUUCGUUCAGGCCAACACCGAAGUAAUAGAUAACCAAGUCGUUUUAAAACGUUACGAACCUUCUUUUAAAGGCAUAAUAAGUUCGUGGGCCGAAAGAUUUUCGACAAAAGUAAACAUUCAUCAAAUAUUAGAAGAUUUAUGGUUGAAAGAUCAACAAUAUUUCAUUGUUUAG